AUGAGUAACUCUACUUUCACCUUACACCCAUCGAAGACGGCUAUGGAUACCAGAAAUGAUCUCGAAAUGCAUCAAACCAAUGGCGAAGAGGAGCGAGAAAGUGGCACGUCUACCAUACAAGUACGAAAGAUUGCAGUGAACGAUGCCUUAUCCGCGUCUGAAAACAAUCUGAAAGCGUAUCGAAAUAUUCGCAAAGGCAAACAAGCAGGCACAAGCUCUUUACACAACUUUCCUUCUACUAUACAA